AUGGACCUGCGGGAGAUUUAUCCCGAAAUUUGCUUCGUUGUGACGGUCAUUUCACUCAGCUUGUCUUCACUGGUAAUUUUCCUGUCGUAUCGAGUGCAAAAAGGCAGCCGACAACGGGAAUACUCUUGGAUUUUGGCGUUCAACGCGGGCGUCGACGUUUAUUACUCGCUAACGCAUGGAAUUGUGGUACCAGUAAGUUUCCGACGGAAAAAUCAAAGUCUGGUUCAGAGCGCAAUAGCCACAACUUCCACUGGCUACUUGACAAUCCGCAAUCCCUACUUGCAAAACAUUCCGACCACCUCGACUCAAGUGGCCGUCUUCUUUCAACUGGUCGCCGUUCUUUGCUCCGCGCCCUGCAGCGCCGUCCAUUUCUACUAUCGCUAUCGGUUGUUGUGCAAGGGCGAUAUUUGGAGCAAACGGCGGUAUCUUGGUGCUUAUGGAGUGGCGCUGGCUGUGAUAUUCUUGAUUGCGACGUUGUUCUGCGCGGCCGGGAAUCUGGCCAACGAAAGGAGCAAGGUGGAGCUGAUGUCGGUUGUUGGAGCUGUGGAUAUCGUUUAUCCCCAUGUCUUCGUGACGUUGGUAAGAAUAAUGUCGCGUUAGUGAUGCAGCGGGCUUUAGAGACUAUAAAAAAUUCGGAAAGACCAAGAGACACUCUGUUUAAGGAUACCUACAAUUAAUAUAACUUUAUAACUUCAUUUCAUUGUUUCAGAGGGACCCAAUUUUUAUGCUCUGCAUGUUCCUCUGCCAGUUAAUGUUCGUUGUUGAAUACGGCAUUAUUAUUUUUUGCGGCCAACGGAUCAUACGGCACGCACAGCAAGGCACAAGUGCAGCGAUAUCCACGCAAAAGGCGCAAAAGCAUCUCAUCACGGUGAUGAUUUUGCAGGUAAGUUUUACCACGAAAGGCCGUCUACAGUCUCUGGCAGACAUGGUAAAGGCUCGGCUGCCCCUGCUCUUUCAGAAAGAUUUUUUUAGUCUUGAAACGAAAAUUUGAAAUGCCCAUUUUGGGUUCUUGGCAUUGUGCAACAAGAUGUACUUUUAACUCUAUAAAGAGCGAAAACAUGUUUCGCUGAUUUAAGCGUUGCUAGCAACGAUAAAAGACCCUAAAACGAGCCAUAAAACAGAAUGCCAAAGUGCUGACAAAAUGGCAGGAAAAUUACCAUUCAAAAAUUAUUUUAAAAAAACUUUUACUAGCCAGGCCUCAAAAUCCUCAAGGCCGGUCCAAGCUCCGAAAAUUUUGAAAAAGGCCUGGCUGGGUCGGAGCCCAGAAAUGCCAACAGCCCUCCCUUGAAGCCAUGUUUACCCAAAGCUAUUAGCUCACCCAUUUUUUAUAAAUAUUAGCUAAUUUCAGGCAGUGUAUCCGCUAAUCUUAUACUUCCUUCCAUUCAUGUACGUGUCGAUAUUGCUUUCCACGGGUGUGAAAUUUCAAAACGCCAGCUACAUCGCCGGCAUAUCGCUACAGUUGUUAUCGCCGCUUAACUCAAUAUCCGUGCUCACGCUGAUCCCAGCCUACCGCAGAGCCUUAACCAUAAAGUACUCGAAAACCUCUGGAACUCCCUUUUCCGUUGCUUGA